AUGCAACAUCACUCUGUGUCACUGACCAAGCCCCUCCCCCCCACGUCAAAGGGACCGACAUACAUAGAUAACACGCCUCCAAAGAGGUCCAUACACUCACAAUUCCCCCACACAGACGACACACUGAUGUCGAGAAGAUACUAAGCAAACGACCAUCCCACCACCCCCUAGAGGAACAAAAGGUACGGGGGAUGGGACAAGAGGACAUAGAGGAGGGAGGGGGGAAAGAAGGGGGAGAAAAAAAAAAAAGAAUAUAUAUACCCACAUGUCCCAGAUGAAACAACCCAGACAUAAUGAGUAGAAGACCCACAAUGCACACACCCUGAAGAGAUAUCCCCAAGCCCCCACUUUGACUACACGCAAAUUACCCUUACGGUACUUCCCCCCACCUGAUACCGACGACACCGAAAAGGCGCAACAAACAGGCAUAGUGCUGAUAACACAAUGGACACACAUCAAUGGCAUUAGUGAUGACUAUACAACACCUCAACUACAGUGGACGGACGCUACAACCCCAAAACGGAUAUACACUACACAAAUAACAGAUUCUUCCGACGAUACACAACCCUUCUCAAGUAUCAACUCCACAACCAACACCGCACAUACCACACAGGCACCACAGCCUAAACAGAUAGGGGCCCAGACACGCUACCCACCCCUUUCGGUGCGCACGCUUAAUACUACGGAGGCCGACUGGUACACCACCGGGAUAAAACCCGGGGUGCCCCCCCGACCGACACCGUAGGCACACGAACUCCCUCUCCGCGGAGAGGAUCGCCUCCUCACACUAUCACGACACGCGCACCACAUCUAUACUACUCUCCAACAUCCAAUUAAGAAACACACACCCCCACCACACGAACCAGACACGGUGCCUGACAUCACCGAAAGGCACUGAGCCUGAGCAGACGACUCCCCUAGACCACACAAGAGCAAAUACCAACACACCACAUACACCAGACACCCUACACGUGACCGCAGUCCAGCAACUCACCCGAACGCCCCCCCCCCGGCGCUCCUGACCCGGCCGUCGCGUCCGCCUCGAGCUAACCACCAGACGACGCAGGGACACCGAAUCACACCAAAACCCAGGAACCAAGCCACGGGCUCGGGCUUCCUCGGUCGACUCUCACGUACACAAGAGAGCGAGACUCGGACGAGAGACCCCGAUACCCGACAAGACAACACCGCUGCGCGGAGAUACGGGCAAGAUGGCAUACAGACCAGACCCAAUGAAAAUCAUCACACAAAAUUGCAGGGGACUGAAUCUCCCAGAACGCAGAACUAAUCUCCUGAGGGACCUUCAGAGAGAGAGGGUUGCAGUCGCUCUUCUCCAAGAAACUCACUUUCGGGAGGGAGCGGCCCCGGCACUCAAAAACAAACAAUACCCCACUAAUUACUUCAGCAACCACCCCACAGCGAAAAAGGCAGGGGUCGCGAUCCUUAUAGCAGCUCGUCUACAAUUCCAGGAACAGGAUCACCUUAUAGACCACAACGGCAGAUACGCCUUCGUAAAGGGGAAUAUCGCAGGGCGAUGCUACACGUUCGCGGCAAUCUACGUCCCCAAUAAUAACCAAUCUAGAUUCCUUAAGAACACACUAAAGGCACUAACAGACUUCACGGAAGGAACCCUGGUCACGGGAGGAGACUUCAAUGUCACACUAGAUCCUAAAGUAGACUCCUCAACGGGACACAGCAGCAUUCCACAGAGAGAAAUAAGAACCAUAAACCAUACUCUGAAAACACUGCGCCUGGUAGACUGUUGGCGAACGCUAAACCCAUUAGACAGAGAAUACACUCACUAUUCCAUAAUACACAAAAGAUAUUCCAGGAUAGACUUCUUAUUAUUGCAACAAGAAGCACUAAUAAGACUUAGGAGAGCAUCCAUACACACUGCAACAUGGUCGGAUCACGGACAAGUGUCGAUAGACCUCGAAUCUCCACUCAUAAGACCGACGAAAACGACGUGGAGACUCAACGACUCCCUCUUAACCGACCUUCCACUAAGGGCCCAAGUCACCGACACUCUACAGACAUAUUUCACCGAGAAUGAGACGGGAGACGUAUCAGAUAUGACAAUAUGGGAGGCACACAAAAGUGUACUCCGGGGCAAGCUCAUCCAAAUCGCGUCACAACGGAAAAAAGAGGCGGGCACACUUAUGUCAACCAUCCUGGACCGGAUCCGCUCCCUGGAAACACAACACAAACGCCAACAGGUGGAAGAUACCUACAGGGAACUAUUAGAGGAAAGAAGGAGACUACACGCACUACUACUCAAGAGACACCUGAGACAACUCCGCAGAUCUAAAGGGUUCUUCUACCUCCACGCAAACAAAGGAGGCAAACUCCUCGCACACAUGCUCAGGGGACAACAACACCCCUCACAAGUCCACAAAUUAAAAACAAGCAACGGCACUACUACCCAAAACCCGGAGAAAAUCGCCAAGGAAUUCUUCACUUACUACUCCUCACUUUACAGUACACACUCACAAAGCGACGAAGAAGGCAAGCGAAUCAAACAAGGUCGCAUGGAAUGCUUUCUGAGAGAACACCUACACACGACGGUGA